AUGGCGGCUGACCACGAGCAAUUCAAUCAACUGCUAAGCACCCUCCUAAGUACCGACAAUGACGUCCGUACCCAGGCCGAGGAAGCCUACAAAAAUUUGCCUAUACAGAGUAAGGUUACCUGGCUCCUUAAUUCAAUAUGCACGGGGCACCUCGCCGAGGAAAUUCGCGCCAUGGCUGCUGUUUUACUACGACGGCUUUUCUCGUCAGAAUUUAUGGAUUUUUAUCCCCAGCUCCCACCCGAAGCCCAGGAUGAAUUAAAAAAGCAGCUACUUUUAUCAAUCCAAAACGAGCAAUCAGAAACAAUCAGAAGAAAAAUCUGCGAAGUAGUUGCAGAGGUCGCUAGAAAUUUAGUUGACGACGACGGCAAUAAUCAAUGGCCGGAAUUUUUGAACUUUUUAUUCCAGUGCGCCAACAGUCCGAUGCCAGCUUUAAAAGAAAGCGCGCUCAGAAUAUUCACAUCCGUACCGGGAGUAUUUGGCAGCCAACAGACCAAUUAUUUGACUUUAAUCAAACAAAUGUUACAACAAUCGGUAAUGGACACGGCUAAUUACGAGGUCCAAUAUCAAGCUGUGAGAGCAAUUGGGGCCUUUAUAAUUCUCCACGACAAAGAAACAUCAAUCCAGAAGCAAUUCGCGGAAUUAUUACCGGCAUUGGUGCAAGUGACAGCUCAAUCAGUGGAAAAGCAAGAAGACGAAGCACUGCUGAAGGUACUGAUCGACCUGGCAGAGACGACCCCGAAGUUUUUGAGGAACCAGCUGGAGACGAUAAUGGAGAUGUGCAUGAAGAUAUUCUCAAACAAGGACAUGGGCGACAGUUGGAGGCAGCUUUCAUUGGAAGUCCUGGUGACUUUGUCAGAAACUGCCCCGGCGAUGGUGCGCAAGGUCGGGGGCAAGUAUAUCGUCGCCCUGGUCCCUCUGGUCCUCGAGAUGAUGACAGACUUGGAAGAUGACGACGAGUGGAGCUUCAGUGACGAAAUAAUUGAAGAAGACAAUGACUGCAACAAUGUUGUCGCUGAAAGCGCGCUUGAUAGAUUGUCUUGCGGGCUCGGUGGCAAGACCAUGUUGCCCCAAAUUGUUGACAAUAUUCCACGGAUGCUCUCAAACUCCGACUGGAAGUACCGGCAUGCUGCUCUCAUGGCCAUUUCCGCCGUUGGAGAGGGUUGUCAUAAACAGAUGGAGGCCAUUUUGUCGCAGAUUAUGGAGGGGAUUGUUCAGUAUCUUCAGGAUCCGCACCCUAGAGUCCGGUACGCAGCUUGCAACGCCAUAGGUCAAAUGUCAACAGAUUUUGCCCCGACAUUUGAGCAGAAAUUCCACGAAAAAGUGAUCCCAGGCUUGCUGAUGGUCCUAGACGACAACGCGAACCCACGAGUGCAAGCUCACGCCGGAGCAGCUUUGGUAAACUUCAGCGAAGACUGUCCGAAGAACAUCCUCACGCCUUACUUGGACGCAAUCAUGGGCAAGCUGGAGAGCAUCCUGACAGCUAAAUUCCAGGAAUUGGUCGAAAAAGGAACUAAAUUAGUCCUUGAGCAAGUGGUCACGACAAUUGCAUCGGUAGCUGACACAUGUGAGGAGCAAUUCGUGACUUAUUACGACCGUCUGAUGCCAUGUUUGAAGUACAUAAUCCAGAACGCGAAUCAGCAGGAGCACAAAAUGCUCAGAGGAAAAACGAUCGAGUGCGUUAGUUUGAUCGGACUCGCCGUAGGAACUGAGAAGUUCAUUAAUGAUGCUAGUGAUGUCAUGGACAUGCUGCUGACCACCCACGCAGAGGGUGAGCUUGCUGAUGAUGAUCCUCAGAUCAAAGUGGCUUUGCUAGACAACGAAGACAUGGAAGGCGUCGAAGGCGACCUGGACUGGCAAUUUGUGUCACUGGGAGAGCAGCAGAACUUUGGAAUAAAGACAGCUGGACUGGAAGACAAAGCUUCAGCUUGCGAGAUGCUUGUUUGCUACGCUCGUGAGCUGAAAGAAGGAUUCGCGGAUUAUGCUGAAGAGGUAGUGAGACUCAUGGUGCCCAUGCUAAAGUUUUACUUUCACGAUGGAGUCAGGACUGCUGCUGCACAGAGUUUGCCGUGUUUGUUAGAGUGUGCCAGAAUUAAAGAGUCUGAUGUCCUUCUAGAGCUCUUAUAUUCCUUGGCAAAGUGCAUCGAGCUUUUAGGAACCGGGUGCUUGGACCCAGCUCAGAUGACCGAGUUGCUCCGGAUUCUGGACAAGCUUCUUAACGAGCACUUUGACCGCGCCGUGGCUAGGCUUGAAAAGCGCAAAGACGAAGACUAUGACGAAGUAGUUGAAGAGCAGCUUCGCGAUGAAGACAACGAAGAUGUCUACACCCUCAACAAAGUAGCGGACAUUCUUCACGCUCUAUUCGCAACCCACAAGGAGACUUUCUUCCCGUACUUCGACCAAAUUUGCCACCAUUUUGUCAAGCUCCUCGCGCCUGAGCGUUCCUGGUCCGACCACCAGUGGGCGCUGUGUGUCUUCGACGACGUAGUCGAGUUCGGAGGGCCGGCUAGCUUCAAGUACCAGGAGUACUUUUUAAGGCCGAUGAUUUCUUACGUCUGCGAUCCUUCCGCGGAAGUUCGCCAAGCCGCAGCCUACGGCUGCGGUGUCUUUGCGCAGUUUGGCGGCGACGCUUACGCUCAAGCUUGCGCUGAAGCGCUCCCGAGGCUCGUCGAGGUCAUCACUCAGCCCGAGGCUAGGAGUCAGGAAAAUGUUAAUCCCACGGAAAAUGCCAUCAGUGCGGUGACGAAAAUUCUCAAGUACAACAGCAAGAUGGUCAAUGUUGAUGAAAUGCUUCCUCAUUGGCUCAGUUGGCUUCCGGUGACUGAAGAUGAAGACGAGGCGCCACAUGUUUAUGGGUACUUGUGCGACCUUAUUGAAGCUAAUCAUCCGGUGGUACUUGGGCCUAAUAAUGAACACUUACCUAGGUUGAUAUUUUACUUUGCUGAGGCAUUCCUCAAAGAGGCUUCUAAUGAAGUAAAUAAGUGA